AUGAAACGAGACAAUACGGUACAAUACAAUUGCAAUGAAAAGACGCGGUCCGUGUGUUCCAGUUCUGAACAAGAGGAAUGGGAGCUCGCAGGUGCAUACAACAAUGCAUUGGAAGCGACAAUGUAUGCUAUUGCCACGCGAUUACGCUACACUCGACAGGAGUGGCUGAAAUUUUGCCACAACCAAGAUUACAGUGUUUGUAAUCAUCAUGAGAGA